CUGUUACAGAUGGAGCUCCCGAAGGGCUUCUCUGGCCAACGGACAUUCUUAUCUGCCAUCCUCAACAUGCUAUCACUCAGCCUCUCCACAACAUCCCUGCUCAGCAGCUACUGGUUUGUGGGCACACAGAAGGUGCCCAAGCCCCUGUGCGGGAAAGGUCUGGCAGCCAAGUGCCUUGACGUGCCGAUGCCCUUGGAUGGAAGCGGCCCCAACACAUCAUCCCAGGAGGUGGUGCAAUACAGCUGGGAGACUGGGGAUGACCGCUUCUCCUUCCAUACCUUCCGGAGUGGCAUGUGGCUAUCCUGUGAGGAAAUCAUGGAAGAACCAGGGGAGAGGUGCCGAAGUUUCAUUGAACUCACACCACCAACCGAGAGAGGUGAGAAAGGACUACUGGAAUUUGCCACGUUGCAAGGCCCACGUCACCCCGCUCUCCGAUUUGGAGGGAAGUGGUUAAUGGAGAAGGCUUUCCUCCCCCACCCUCCCUUGGGGCUUGUGGCAAAGAUCCUAUGGUUAUCACUGGGAGCCCACUUCACCUACAUCGGACUUGAAUUCAUCAGCUUCCUCCUCCUACUAACGGACUUGCUGUUCACGGGGAACCCGGGCUGUGGGCUCAAGCUGAGCGCCUUCUCAGCUAUCUCCUCCGUCCUGUCAGGUCUUCUGGGGAUGGUGGCCCAUAUGAUGUAUUCACAAGUCUUCCAGGCAACUGCCAACAUGGGUCCAGAAGACUGGAGGCCACAUGCUUGGAAUUAUGGCUGGGCCUUCUACAUGGCCUGGGUUUCCUUCACCUGCUGCAUGGCAUCGGCUGUCACCACCUUCAACACAUACACCAGGCUGGUGCUGGAGUUCAAGUGCAAGCACAGUAAGAGCUUCAAAGGAAACCUGAGCAGCCUCCCACGUCACCACCGGUGUUUCCUUCAGCAACUGUCAAGUGCAGCUCACCCGGGGGGGCCUUUGACCAGCUACCACCAGUAUCACAAUCAGCCCAUCCACUCUGUCUCUGAAGGAGUCGACUUCUACUCAGAGCUACACAACAAGGGAUUUCGACAAGGGCCCAGCCAGGGGCUAAAAGAAGAGGUGGCUGGGUCAUCUGUAGAGGAAGAACAGUGUUAG